AUGCUAAUUUCUUUUUAGCCAAUCAAAUUAGGACUGGCAACUUUGAAAACUGUUUUUAUAAUUUGCUGAUCAGUUUUCUUACUUUUACCUAAAAUUAUUCUACAAAUCUAACUUUUUAUUGAUGAAUUACGUUUAUCCUUAUUUUAAUUAAGCUAUGGAAACACUCAGAAAUAUUCAAAAUGAAAACCUCCUAGGUGCCAGAAAUAAAGCAACUGCUGGUAAUCUGCUGAGGAAACCUUUGCGUGGAGUGGGAAAUGAAGUUCGCAAUAUUCCAGUAAAGGGAUCUUUUAGAGAAAAGGCGACUAAAACCAAAGAUUGCGGGAAAGAGAAACUGGUUCCUGUAAAGUCUGUUAGAACUAGAUCUGAAUCAAAGAAAGGGGUUUUUCAAGAUGUUGAAGAACUAAAGAAAUCUCUUCCAGUCAUUGACUCUCAUUCUACUAAGCAGCUACCACCUGGCGUUGAAAAUAUUGAUGUAGAUGAUGUGGAAAAUCCUUUGCUUGUCAGCAUCUAUAUUAAUGAUAUUUAUUGUUACCUAAGAAAUCUAGAGGUAAUCUAUCCUAUAAGGAAACAUCAUUUACAGCUUCAACCUGAAGUGACUGGAAAGAUGAGAUCUAUUUUAAUUGAUUGGCUCAUUCAGGUUCAUUUUAAAUUCAACCUUCUACAAGAGACUUUAUACAUGGCUGUAUCCAUACUAGACAGAUAUCUUCAAUCUGAGAAGGUGAAGAGGUCUGAGUUGCAACUGGUUGGUGUGACCUCCAUGUUCAUUGCAUCAAAGUAUGAAGAGAUGUACGCUCCUGAAGUGAGUGAUUUUGUGUACAUCACUGACAACACUUACACAAAGCAGGAGAUAUUGAGGAUGGAAAGAGUGAUGCUAAAAUCCCUCAAGUUUGACUUGAGUAAGCCACUACCGCUACACUUCCUAAGAAGAAACUCCAAAGCUGGAAAUGUUGAUGCAACUGUUCACACGCUUGCCAAGUAUCUAAUGGAAGUUGUGCUGACAGAGUACGACUGUGCCCAUUAUCGUCCAUCAAUGUUGGCUGCUGCUGCACUGUAUCUUGCAAGAAAGCUUUUGACUGAAUCUUCUUCCUGGAAUGAUACCCUAAAAUUCUACAGUAAUUAUUCAGAAGAGGAUUUCAUGCCCAUUGUCAAAAAUUUGUGCAAGAUAAUCCUGAAAGCAGGAGCUUCAAAGUUAAAGGCAGUCCACACGAAGUAUGCUGGAUCCAAAUUCUUCAAAAUCAGCUGUAUACCUCAAUUGAAAUCUUCCAUUGUGGUUGAACUAGCUGCUUCUAAUUGAUGUCUCUUUUAUUUAAAUUUUAUUUACAACAGUGGACAAAUGUAAAUUGACUUUUAAUAACAUAUUUGGCUAUUUAUAGUACUCUAGACAAAUUUUAUAAUGCAAGCAUUGUUUGUAAAUGCUAUGUUUUCAUGUCUUUUGAUUUGUAUAAAUGUGAAUUGCUGUUUUAUUUUAAUUAAAAAUGCUUAAAUUAUAUUAA